CUGCCUGAGGUCAUAUUGGACAUUUGUCUUAUUUAAGCUCGGCGAGGAGAAGAUGCCUCAACCCAAAGUGAAGCUGGUGGUGACGGGAGAUGAUUUUGGGUACUGCGAGAGGAGAAAUCAGGGGAUUGUGGAUUGCUUCAGAGCUGGUGGGAUCUCCAAUGUCUCUCUCCUGGUGAAUGCAGUGUCGGCAAAACACGCGGCAGAGCUGGCUAAAAGGUAUCACAUCCCUAUUGGACUCCAUGCGAAUCUCUCCGAAGGUCUUCCAGUGUCUCAGGAAUUGAAGUGUUCAACACUCCUCAACAAGGAUGGUUUCUUUCAUGGCAAGAUGGGCUUCAGGGAAGUUUUGCACAGUGGUCAGCUCAAGAUGUCAGAGGUGGAGGCAGAGCUUAGAGCCCAGGUGAAUCGCUUCUGUGAACUGAUUGGCCACAUGCCUUACCAUAUGGAUGGACACCAGCAUGUGCACGUGUUGCCAGAGGUGCGAGAGGUCUUCGCACAAGUUCUCUCUGAUUUUGGGAUCACCUACACUCGGGUCCCUAUAGAGCCCGGUCUGAGGUUUUGCAACUUCCUCCCGUCCCAUUUGAGAGAAUUCUACGCGCAGGUGGAAAAUGCCCUUGAAUCUAUUGAGGUUUUUCAUCGGCAUGGAAUCAGAUGGCCUGACGUGUACCUGGGCCUGAGCACCAUGGGUAAGAACAUGUGUUUGUCCAACCUGAAGCAUGCUUUGGAAGCUUCACUGGAUGACGGUGUAUCUUCUCCAUUGAUACUGACACAGUCCAACAAUAAUGCAGCGAGCGACUGCUACCGACCGGUUACGGCAGAGCUCAUGGUGCAUCCAGGAUAUCCCAGUCAACCUCAGCAGGGUGGAUGCGGAGAAGGACCGGAUGACUUUUCACAGUCCACAGAUCGACUACAUGAGUUGAACACUUUGAGAGACCCAAUGGUGCUUGGCUAUUACAGGCAACAGGGAAUUCAUCUCUGUGCUUUCAAAGACUUUUAAACACUUCAAACAGAGUAUUCAGUGGGAUCAUAACUUAAAGGAUAGAAGAUCUCAACUCAUACCUCAAAGAA